AGAUAUAGUUUUGAAGUAAGAAGAGCAAUAUGUCACGGCACGUGAGUUUGGGGGCUGAAGUCAAAGGCAUCAUGGCACAGAGCUACAACCACGGGCACAGAGGGUGUGUAGCAUCCAGGGGACAUGCCAUGCAGCGUCACGGAGUGCGAGCGCAAGGUGGAUCGCUCAAGAUGCAGCGGGACUUGCCAGCGGAGGCAGCGAUACCAGGGCCGUGGCGUGAAGUUGUCAACGGGACACGCGGGAGUGUGCGUAAGCAGUCGGGGGCGCCGUGCCCCAGACACGGGUGCAUGCACGAGCAAGCUAGUGUCAAUGCUAAGAUCGUGGCACGGGGUCGUGGUCGAGACAUGCAAGGGCGUGCGAGAGCGACCAACGGCGUCCACAUAGUGUGCCAUGCUCGCAGCGGAAGAAGUGUCGAUACGCGAGAAAUACACGUGGCUAUGGUGUCGACACCUUUGCAGCAGACUGGAGCGGACCAAAACUUUCUAGAAGUUGUUGGGCACGCGAGAAUAGUACCAGACAGGGGUCUGGAUGGGUUGUUGGGCCAAGCUCGACCUGGGUUACUCCUAGGACCUUGUACAUAAUUUUAGAAUGGGUUUGUUCUAGAUUAUUCUAGGCUAGGUUAGGAGGGAGAGUGGAGAAGCUUCUAGCAAGUGUAAAUAUGAGGGGAAUUGUGUGGAGUGUUCUAGAGACACACCUGCAGAGGGCUCUUAGGCCAGAUCUCUUCUAUAAAUAGGGGUGGCCUAA